AUGGAAAGGAAUGUUGAAAAUGUUCUGAUGUUUGCUGACUACAUCAAUCUGACGAAUGUGCGCGGCAUUUGCAUAGAUUACAUCAUCAAGCACAUUGAUCAGUCGAAUUAUGGCUACGUGAUUGGGCUUGGUUACAAACUGGAAGUAAGAGAACUAAUUGAAGCAGGCGUUAAAAACAUUGGGCGUCAAAAUAUCAAUAGUCUGGAUACCUUCUCCAAGAACAUGAUAAAUGACGUUGUCCGUUUGCAGCAAGAGCGAGUCAUGAUUAUGACACAGGUGCAAUGGAAAUUCAAUCUGCUAAAGCAGUGGCUGACAGCGCCGAACGACGUAAUGGGCUUCGAAGCUCGAGGAUCUUCAGUAUACGGCACGAAUAAUUUACAUAAUUGGGGGCCCAAAUUUGCAACUGAUGGUAAAGUUUCGAAUAACGACUGUUUCUACUUUCACUCCGACCUUGAGAUGCAGUCUUGA